AUGAGCAGUAGCAAGAAGAUCAAGCCCGCGCUGGAGGUCCUCCUCGAACGCGAGCGCGAGCGCAUGAAGCAGCGCCAGGAAAUGGAAGACAUGAUGCAGCACUCGGACCUGCUACGCAGCAUUAGUAGCCUGCGCACGGCCAAGGACGCCUUAAUCGAAGCGCCGGCGGCCAAGCGCCCGCGGCUAGAGCCCGUCGUCUGCUGCGCGACCGAGUCGUCGUCUGCUGAGGACAGUGGCAGCCGGACGCCCAGCGUCCGCGACGAUGUGACGACGCCGCCGCCAACGACGCUGCCCAAGAAGUCGUGCAAUUGCAAGAAAUCCAACUGCCUCAAGCUCUACUGCGAGUGCUUCCAGCAAGGCUCGCUCUGCGGCGACGACUGCAACUGCCAAGGCUGCCACAACAACAUCAACUUUGAAAGCCAGCGGCAACGUGCUAUCCGCGUCGUCCUCGAACGCAACCCCGUCGCGUUCCUUCCCAAAGUCUCGAAAGGAAGCAACACGACGGUGGCCACGACCAAGUACUUUCGCGGCUGCCGCUGCAGGCGAAGCGGGUGCCAGAAGAAGUACUGUGAAUGCUACCAAGCCGGCGUUAAAUGUGGCACGCUCUGUCGAUGUCAGAUGUGCAAGAACCACUGCUCGGACGCCUCGCACGCGCCGCCGACCAACGAGAACGCCCACGAGCAGCCCAAGCACCGGCCGGCGCUCCCAGCCCCCGAGCGCUUCGCCGCCUUUACCCCGCCAUCCCUCGAUGCGCUCGUGCCCCUACGGCCCGUGCACCAAGUACCGUUGGCGAUUGCGCCGCCGGCCAAGCGACGACUCCCGCCGCAGUCCACCUCGCACCACCAUGUGCACACGCCGCCGCCGAUGCCCAUGCCGUUGCCGCCACCGACGUCGGCGCCCGUUCGAACCAACGUCUACUCGCGGCUCUACCCGCUGCAGGUGAGCAUGGCCUCGGACGCUGCGCUCUCCAAGAUUUGCAACUCGCUCGUGCUGGCGGCGUGCGACGAGCCGAUUGCGACGCCGCCGCCACCGCAUUCGCCCGUGGCCAGCACCACGCCAAGCUCGCAGUCGUCGUCGUCCCCAGCCGACGCGCUCUGGUGCGCCGAGGACCUUGCGGAAACCCCAAUGAAGACUGUGGUUGUCGAUAUGCGCGCCGAGAUGCAGGAGCGCGCGGUGCUCCAAGAGUUUAGCGCGUGGCUGCGCAACAUUGCGACGGCAAGCGUCAACCACAUUCUCAAAAAGCCCUAGUCGUCUGCGUUGCACCGU